UUGCUCAAAGGACAUAUUUGAUUUCCUGGUCUGUUCAAGGUCAAAAGUAUAUCAGUUAUCAAGAGUAGCUGCUGAAAAAAAAAUUAGAUACAUGAAAGACUACCUCGACAUUAGAAAAACUAUUUUUAAAAGUUUUGAAUUUCCCUUGAAUGAGCUAUAAAAUAGAAAGCAACUCAUCAAACAUUCACAAGUUGUUUGUUUUCUUGGAAGAAAGAAACAACAAACUAGCAAUUCAAAGCUAUUGAACAGUUUACAGUUUUCUAAAGACAUACUGUAGUUACCUUGAUUAGUUACAAGGAUGAACUUACGAUUCCUUGUCGGUGUUCUAUUGGCGUCUUGCGUGACGUCCUACAGAAUCUAUCAAAGGCGUAUUCCUAAUGGAGACACUGUCCCUCAUCCUUGUAAACCAAACAAUGUGUGGGAAGGUGUUGGACACAUGAAUGACCAGGGCGCAGGUUUGAGGAAUGUCUUUGGUGAAGACUUUGAAAGAGAAGGCAAAAUCUGGACACAAGCAUUGUGUCGUAGAGACUCUGAUGGCGAUGGACUGACCAACGGUCAAGAACUCGGAGAUCCAGAUUGUGUCUGGAGAGAAAACACAUUGCCAAGCAGACUUGUUGGUUUAAGUCAUCCAGGUAUCUGUGACCCAUGGGACUCACCCAAUUGUUUGUCUAAGAAUACUUCACAUUCAAGAUAUUACAAUCAAGAAGAAUGGAUGAAAGAUAUGUGUAAACAGAGAGAGUUUAUCUGUCCUGGAAUCAAUGAAACAGAUGUACAUACAGUGAACUUCACGAUUGCUCCUGGAACUCGAGUACCUGCCAAAGAAACCACGUAUAUGUGUCAGUACUUUGACUUUCGGAAGAUGGCGCCCCAAGACGAUUAUCAUUUAAUAGCAGUAAAACCGAUUCAAGACAAUAAAUACGUCAUUCACCACAUGAAACUGUUUGCCUGCACAGAUGACAGCGUGUCUGUCAACCAGCAACCAUUCAUCUGUGGUGCUCAUCCCUCACCAAGUUGUACUACCGAGUUGAGUGUUUGGUCUGUUGGUUUGACUGGAGACUGUUAUCACGCAAUGACUGGAAUCACCAUAGGGAACAAAGGAUUUAAAACUUUCGCCAUUUCGGUCCAUUGGAAUAAUCCUGAUAUCAGAUCUGACUGGAUCGAUAGUUCUGGAAUGAUGGCAUACUUUACUAACAAAAAGAGACCUUAUGAGGCUGGCACCUACUCUGUUGGACCCUGGCAAUUUGUAUUGCCCCCUAGGCAACCUUCAGUUAGCAUUACAUCAACUUGCCCAUCGCAAUGUACGAGAACAAUAAUCAAGAACUAUAUGAAUGUAACAUCAGCAUGGAAUCAUAUGCACCUGGCAGGGAAGCAAAUGUCCAUCGCAAUAGUGAGAAAUAAAACGGAAGUGUUGUAUUUGACCAAUGAGAUGACCUAUAAUUAUGACAGCCCAGAACUUAAGCUUUAUACAGAGAAUCCUUUCCCAAUCUGGCCAGGAGAUGAGAUAGUGACACGAUGUACGUACUCGACUAGCAAGAGGAACAGUUCCACGAUGGCUGGUCAAUCAACAAGUGAUGAGAUGUGCACUGGCUUCUUAGUUUACUAUCCAAAGGAAAAUGUGGAAAACGUGAACUGUUUUACCUACGGUCCUGACGUCAAUUUCUGUGAUUCAGCCACAUAUUACGGAUGCACAGAUUUGAUCAACUUCGGGCGAGCUGAAUGGCUAAAUGGUACAUCUGCUUACCAGAACAUUGAAAGAAACUGCCGACCUCUGGCCCCAUGUCUUCAAGAGUGCGUGGACACUUUAGUUGACCUAAAAAAAUCUAAUCCCUGCUUCAACGAUCCGAUCUUCGACUACAUCAAGACUGAGAUGUUGAAAAAAACAGCUGAAGGUUUAGAUAUGCUGUCCAGGCUAAGCUCCUGCGCUGCACAAGUUUAUCAGGCGUUGAACGUAUAAUCCUCCAGGACAUUCGCAAGGAAAUAGCAAGAAUGAAUUCUGUUCAGUAAUAAAGGAAGAAUGGGAAGCGAUGACGGAGUAUGAUAAGAAAAUGAAUACAUUUUGCCUAAGUAGCUCAGAAUCAAUUGACGAGAACAAUGGGAUAUGUAUAUUAGUAUAUAGUUAUAGAGAAUUAAACCGAACAAGUCAAAUGAUGUACAUAUGUAUGGUAUGUGUGUAAAAGUGUGUUUAUUAUAAGAUUUUUUAAACCUUUAUUUUUAACAAUAUAAUACAAGUCAAAACUUCAUGGCUCCUGGAAACUGGGUGGAGGGUGGGCUGAUUAAGGUUUAUUAAAAGAAAUUUCUAUAAAUCAAAUAAGAACAUAGAACUAAAAUGUUAUUUAACCUUGGUUAGGCCAAUAAUAGAAUAUGCAUCUUCUGUUUGGGACCCCUCAACUCAAGAAAACAUUAAGAAACUGGAACAGACACAAAAUAGAGCAGUGAGAUUCAUAACAAACGAAUAUUCACAUUUGACUAGAGUAACACCUUUAGUAAAAUCACUAAAUUUAGAAAGCCUUCAGGACAGAAGACGCAAAAGUAAAGUAGCAUACAUGAAACACUGAACCAAAAUCUUUAAAUACAAAGACAGAAUUUAAUAAAAUACUCUGAAAGACACAAAGAUUAAGGCACAUUCCUCAUUCCAUAUACUAGGACAAAUUUGACGGUGCAAAAAUACGAGUUCAAUACUGACUUGACUUUACAAAAAAUUGUUUUAAAAUUAUUUUUGUAUAUGUAAUGCAAUUUUAAGUUGUAUAAUAGUGAUAUUGUCUUUUGUUAAUGUAUUUUUUUUAUGUUAAAUAGAACAAAACUAUAUUAAAAAUCUGAUAUUGUUUAACUGAAACUUUAAAAAAAAUUCAUUGUGGAACAAUUUUAACUGUUUGAUAAAAUUUGUUGUAGUACUUUCACCUUGCUUUAUUUCCAGCUUUUAUCCUUUCUUGAUUUCUUUUAAUGUAAUUACUUAUGGAUGACUUUUAUUCCUAAAUAUGCUUGAAAUUCAAACUUUUGAACAAAGUUAUUCCAACUGGACAGAUGUUCGAAUGAUCUUGUCUUUUAAUCUAUUUUUAACACUUCGAUUAUGCUUACUAUCAAUCAUUGAAAUGUAUCUAAUCACGAAAAUAAAAUCAACUUGGUUCCAAAAGUCUAAGGAAGUCUGUAAACAAAGUAUUAGGCGAGUGUUGUUGGGUAAAAGCUGAAAUCAAGAGUUUUAAAAAGGCGAUGACCUACAUUAAUACAUUUUUUUUUAAAUCUAUGUGUGUGCUUUUUUAUAUUCUCAGUGAAACCCAGCGCUGAAUAUUUCUUUCUUCAGUUUUAUGUUUUUAAACUCCGUUCAAUCCAAUAAUUAAUUCAAAAUAUAAGUCAUGUGCACAAGGAUAACAGUUAAAAAAUGACAAUGUGAAGGUACAGUCAAUCUAUAAUAAUAAUCCAGCAAUGAAUUAGCACAAUAAACAAUCCACUUGCAAUUAUGACUAGCGACUGUGAACAUUGGCCAACCAACCCCCGAUAGCUACCUCCACGUUCCUUUAUAGUACUGGACAUCGAUCUUUCUUGUUUUUUUUUUUUUCUGGCCCUGAUAGUAAGUUCUACCAGCUUCCCAUAAUUCCACCUUGACCCUAUAUUUCGUUUAUGUAAAUAAAAGUUGUCUUAAAGA